AUGUCCACUCCCAAUCUGAAGGAGAUUCAUGACUUUCUCGUCUCGCUGGCCUUCAAGGCUGGGGACAUAAUCACCAAUGCCCUCCCAGACAACAGCGGCACUGGCUCGAAGAAGAACAGUGCCGACUUGGUUACCGAGUAUGACCGCGCCGUCGAGAACAUGAUUUCGACUUCAUUGAAGGAGAAAUACCCCGAUUACGAAUUCCACGGCGAAGAAACCUACGACCCCACGAGUCCCAUAACAGAUGCCCCGACCUUUGUCGUGGACCCAAUCGAUGGCACAGUCAACUUUGUGCACAGCUUCCCCUACGCCUGUGUGUCACUUGGUUUCGCCAUCGCACGAGUUCCCACCGUAGGCGUCGUCUAUAACCCCUUCACGAAAACGCUCUGGUCGGCGAUUAAGGGUCAGGGUGCGUUCCGCAAUCAGGAGACUCCUCUGCCCCUGAAGGGCGAGAACGUCGAGCCCUUGUCUGGGUUGCCCAAUGCACUUGUUGCAAUUGAAUGGGGCUCGGACCGUAGCGGACCCAAUUGGGAGACGAAGGUGCGUACCUUUGAGAAGCUGGGUCAGUCAAAGGAGGACGGUGGUGCGAUGGUUCGCUCGUUCCGCAGUCUGGGGUCUGCAGCACUUAAUACGUGUGCGGUUGCUGAGGGUACGAUGGACCUUUACUGGGAAGGUGGCUGUUGGGCUUGGGAUGUUUGUGCUGCCUGGGUCAUCCUGACCGAGGCGGGUGGUAUGAUGGUGGAUGGUAACCCCGGAGGCUGGGAGACCUCUCUCGAUGGGCGGAAAUAUUUGGCUGUCCGAGGAGCACCAGAGGCUGGCCAGAAGGAGCUAGUGGUGGAGUUUUGGAGCUACAUUCAAGGUAGAUUGGAGUAUUAG